AUGAGGGACGUAGCUGAGAUUGAGGAUGAGCUUCAUGCUCUCCGUAGCCAGCUGAAAGGCUUUCCUGCGGAGGCACAUUGGUUCUGCCCCAAGCGAAGCGAUGACGAUGAUAUUGAUUACGGGCAUCCCGACGAAGCUGAAGAGGAUAUGAGCCCCGAGACAAAGCAUGAAGCAAUCCAAGCGGCGAAAGAGCGACACGAUGUGGCAUACAAGUACUCUCUUGUUCUUGGCAUGGAUGUUACUCCUGAACAGGAGGAUUAUCGGGAGAAUUUGGACAAGAUGUUGAAGUCGUGUGAUAAAUGCGUAUAUAACUGGCAUAUGGGUCGGAAAGCAUACUUGAGAGAGCUUUCAGAAGAUUUCGACGAUGAUCAAGUUGCGGAGCUUUCGAGUCGCAUCAGAAUUAUCGACUUCAAACGAAUCAACGCCGGCCUUUCCCUAGGGAAAAAGCUGCUCGCUGAAGUCGAACCCGCUCAACGAACACAGUCCUUCCUUGUCAGCAAGGAUCCUACAGCAUUAAUGGCUCUGUACGAGGCUCUUUGUUGUGUCGACUUCCAUAAAUCCGAAGAGGAACUUUCACGUCAUUUUAACUAUGUCUUUGCCCAAAUACAAACUCGAAAGGUCCUCAGGCUGGGUGAUACAUUACCCGCCAUGGCUCGAUUUCUCUUUCAUAAAGACACAGUCCGACUCCGAUUUGCAACGACCGCAUGGCAGAAGAUGAAGGACUCCCUCACGUCUGCAUCAUUUGACUGGGUCGUACACGAUGUUUUAUCUGAAGCAAUCCCCUCUUUAUUUGAACCUACCGCAACCCAAGGGGACAGACAGCGGUUUUGGCAAGGGUUUCUCCUUAUCCUCGACAAGAUGGACAAAGACUUGAUCACGCAUUCGCUACGAGGGAUGGAAGUCCAACCAGACGUAUACCAUCUUGGGUUCCAACAUUUAUCUACCGACUCUGCAGAGGUUGCGGAACAGGUUAUGGAGGCAUAUUGCCAACUUUUACAAAAGGCCCCAAAGGAUUUCUGGUCUGCAAUGUCUGAUGCUUCUCCAACCGUAGUUGCAGACCGGAUUUUUCAGAGUCCUGGAUUUGAGAAGAUUCUUGCGGAUAACCAAAGUCUUGAGAAUUAUGAACAAUGCCCUGCUAUUUCUUGGAUCCCUGAUUUCAUGAAAUCUCUUACCCCCAUUCAUCAGUUUGAUGCGUGCCGAACUUUGCUCCAAACUCUUCUAGGACGAAUCACUAGUAACAAAACCCAGCGCUACUCCCAGGAAGCGAAAGUAACAUGCUGUCGUGCUGGUCUGGAGGCGUUGAGAGCUACUCUUACAACGUUUAACAGUUCUGAUUACAAGAUCAACCCGUCAACUUCAUUACUCGUUAUCAAUGACAUUUUGGGGCUUGUUGACGAGUACAAAAGCGUCAUUAUUACAUGCGCUGAUAUGGAAGAUAAUAGCCAACUUGAAUUAAAAGAAUUAGGGUUACAGGUAGUCCGUGAUUCUUUGACGCUCGACUGCAAAGCUAUGGCUGCAGAGUUCUUUGCUCUUCAGAGUGGAACAACAAUUCAACGCGGCGUUAGGAGCCAUUCGCAGCCUAUCUGGCAAGCCGUUCUCGAUAGCUUUCGACCUGGUAAUCUCGACCUAGCGAAGAGUAUUCUCAUUCCAACCUCAUUGCUUACCGGCCUGGAUGAGCUACUGCCAGAGAACAAGAAGAAGCCAAAUAUGCCCAAGGAUCACAUACAGUACAAUAAAGACUUUCACCAGCUGAUGGACAACAUCUCACGAGUGUUUCAGCGUCUUAGUGACUUCAAAGCGUCCGAUGCAAGCCAACUUUACAAAAACUCAGCAACAGCUCGUCCUCUAUUCGGUGCCCUUUUAUCAGCAGACCAGGGUGUAUACGAAGCCACCGUGGAGGUGAUCAAAUCUAUAACAUGCCAUCUUAACAAGCAGGAGGCAAUCUCGGAUAUUGUAGAGAAAGCCUUCGUUCCGAUGCUGAACUCCUUGACGUACGCUGCCACCAAGGUCACUCGAGCGAAGACAUUCUCGCCCACGCCGUACCUGAUUAAAACUGGUAGGGAUGUCCUGAAGGCUCUCAGCGGAAAUACUGGGGUCUUGCGUACUCGUUCUUUCUCGACUGUGGAGCACAACGCCAUCAUGACUUGGUGGACGCAACAGUGGCGGGCUUUAGACAUGAUUUUCUCUACAACUGAAGCGUGGUCUCCACGAGUGAACCAAGAUACCCAGUACUUGCAAGAAUUCUGUCGAGACGGCAUGGAAUACGCCGAGGCCCUGUUCGACCAGUAUAGCAUUUUCGCGUCAGCGCUGAGGGAAGCGUCGCCAGAUGGCGAAGAGAGAUCUGCCAAAUCAAAAUCAGCGACGCCUCAGAUCCGUAAGGUUUUAGAGAUAGUCUGCCAAAAUGUCAAUGGAUUGACGGGCUUGCUUAGGCUUCGAGAUGCAUACUUAAUAAGUGUCAUUACUAGUCUAUUAGCCAAACUUCUGCGAUCCCUUGGAGAGUAUGACCUCGAGAUAGACGAUUACGCUUCGGAUUUCAUCAAUUCUGCUUGCAAGCGCGAUACUGAGAAAGGUUAUAAGAGAACAAAUUUGACAAGCCAGCAAAAGGCGGAGUUGCAAAGGACACUGUAUGAGCAUCAAGGUGUUGAGGUCGUUGAGAAGCCCAUACAAACUGUCAAGAGGCAAGGGACAAUCGAUGGCUGGUCUCAAUCAGCAGAUGGUAGAAAGUUCGAGCCAAAGCUGCCCCAAAGAAGCGAAACCUUAACCCUGGCGUCCCAUUCGGACAAAAGUCGCGCCAUCUUGAAGCAAAUGCAAGCACAGUCAACGAAAGAGGCAGCGAAAAAGGACCAGUCUAAUAGCGCUUUCAGGGAGGCUCGUCGUAAAGCUGAUGAGGACAGGAAACGUCAAAACGCCAACGCCGCUGCUAAGGCCAAAGCUCUGCGUGAGCCAGUCGGCGUUCGAGGAGAAGGCUCCGGCAUCAAAGAUAUUGUAGGGGCGUUGGGCAAGGACCAUGCUCCAACCCGCAGUGAGAUUAUGGUUGGGUCUUCUGAUGAAGACUCGGAUGACGACGACGAGGAUGAAAUUGGCGCUUUGAUCAAAGCUGGAAAGGGAACUUCGAAGAUCGUUCUGGAAUACGAAGAGAGCAGGAAACGGGCUCUGCAACAGCAUAAAGGCCCAGUUCGGAAGACCAAGGUGCGGCGAUCUGCAAAGGACCUUCGGGCUCGUGUAGAACCUAACAUGGAUGGGCUCUACAUCGAAAUAUUGAACUGGGAAAUCUUUCACCGGGGCGAUGAUCCACCCAGUUCGAAUGAAUGCCGACGAAUCGAUAACCGUUACCUGGACCUGAAUCUUUACAAAAGUACAUUUGCGCCAUUACUGAUAUCUGAGGUCUGGCGAUCCUUCGUGACUGCGAAGGAGGAAGCCAACUUUAAAUCCAUCGAAAUUACCGUCUUGAACCGUUUAUCAGUGGACAAGUUCAUGGAAGUGAGUGUCAAGAUGCCCAUGACAACUAAUAGGGACUUGAAGUUUGCUGAGAGAGACAUUGUUCUAUUGUCGCAAAGCCGCAAUGGGAUGACCGACGAAAAGGCCCCUCACUGCCUUGCUCGCGUGAAUCGCACGACCCGUAAGAAGGAUGUAAUUGAGAUCACGUUCCGUGUCAGCAGAAACAUCGACCCCGGCUUCCUGCAAUUGUUGUCUCCUCAAGGCAAGAUCUAUGCUGUUAAGAUUGCAGACAUGACCACAACUCAGCGUGAAUUUGCUGCCCUUAGCAGUUUGGAGUACUACGACCUUUGCCUUGAGGUCUUAGAAGCAAAGCCGUCGCCAUUGCAAGCCUACUCGCCCGAAAGAAUCUCUUCAACAUCGGCCAAGUACAAUCUGAACAAAGGACAAGCGCAAGCGAUCCUUUCAGCCACCGACAACGAUGGGUUUACGUUGAUCCAAGGUCCGCCGGGUUCCGGAAAAACUAAGACCAUUGUUGCAAUGGUUGGCUCUCUUCUCACUCCAAUCUUAAAGCAGCAGCGACUUGACCUAGCCAAGACCCAGGCUCCGGUACCAGGCAAAGCACCUGUCUCAACCAAUCCAACGAAAAAGCUCCUUAUCUGUGCACCUAGCAAUGCCGCUGUUGAUGAACUGGUGAUAAGAUUGAAGGAAGGCAUCCAGCCUCUGGAUGCGCCCCGACAAAAGAUCAACGUUAUACGAAUUGGUAGGAGUGAUGCCAUUAGCUCGAGUGUCAAGGAUGUGAUGCUGGACGAGUUGGUCACUCGGAAGCUCGAAGGUACCAAUGGAGAGAAAGGUAAACUUAUGCAAGAUCGAGAUAAGCUUCAUCAAGACGCUGCUCAAAUCAAGGAGAAGCUCAAUGCUUUAAGACCUCAAAUGGAUGAAGCCCGAAAAAAUGGCGACAAAUCAGCGGAGCUCCAGCUUCAGCGUGAAUUCGAUGGUUUGAAGCGCAACCAGGCCCAUAUUGGGAGCAGAAUCGAUGCGGACAAGGAGAGUGGAAAUACGAUGACGCGGCAGAACGAGAUCAACCGCCGCAAGUUCCAACAAGAGAUCAUCGAUGGUGCUCAUGUCUUGUGCGCUACACUCAGUGGAAGUGGUCACGACAUGUUCAGAAAUUUAAAUGUAGAAUUCGAGACCGUCAUUAUUGAUGAAGCCGCUCAAUGUAUCGAGCUCAGCGCAUUGAUUCCACUCAAGUACGGUUGCUCGAGGUGUAUUCUCGUCGGAGAUCCGGAACAAUUACCCCCAACUGUUCUUUCGAGAUCCGCGCAGAGCUUUGGGUAUGAACAAAGUUUGUUCGUUCGAAUGCAGAAAAAUCAUCCCAAAGAUGUUCAUCUCUUGGACACCCAAUACCGUAUGCAUCCUGAAAUCAGCAAGUUUCCUAGUCAGCAAUUUUACAAUGGUAGGCUGGUUGAUGGCGAAAACAUGGCGAUUUUGAGAAAGCAGCCAUGGCACGCAAGCACUAUUCUUGGGCCGUAUCGAUUCUUCGACGUCAAAGGAGUUCAAACCCCAGGAUCUGGGCAUUCAUUCAUCAAUAUACCCGAACUCAAUGCUGCCAUUGGACUCUACCAAAGACUCAAAGCCGAUUACAGGACAUAUGAUUUCAGUGGCAAAAUUGGUAUCAUCGCAACCUACAAGGCGCAAUUGAAUGAACUCAAAGCACGCUUUGCGUCAAAAUUCGGCGAAGGAAUCUUUGAUGAGAUCGAAUUCAACACAACCGAUGCAUUCCAAGGCCGUGAGCGAGAGAUUAUCAUUUUCUCUUGUGUGAGAGCCUCAAUCACCAAAGGUAUCGGUUUCCUCAAAGAUAUCAGACGUAUGAAUGUCGGUCUUACGCGAGCCAAGUCAUCUCUGUGGGUUCUUGGAGACUCUCGGGCCUUGAAGCAGGGUGAAUUUUGGAAUAGACUCAUCGAUGACUCAAAAGCUCGUGAUAGAUACACUGAAGGAGAUGUGAUGGCUUUGCUCUCGAGGCCAACCUCUCGUGUAAGCCCCCCGGACCGAGAACCGGGUCAUCCGGUCAACAAUCACGGUGGCCAAUCAAUGGCAUCAAGCUCGACAGCUAUGUCUCAUACCAAGCAACAGCAGGCCAAGUUAGAGGUAGAGGACGAUGAUGUUGAGAUGAUUGAUGCUCCUAGUGCGACAGUUUCUCGAGAACCAUCCUCAGGCCGCGAUAGCAUGAUGCCAGCUGGUCCGGAUGCAAAUGAUAUUCGUUCACGACAUAUCAAGCAGGAGAGCACUGAGGCUCUAAGCAGCAGAGCCUCCAGUGAAGUCAGUAGCAACCUUGGAAAGAGGCCUCGGGAAGCAGUUAAAGAAGAAGAUGCUCCGGCGAAGAGGCCACAUUCCACAUUGACAGAUUCGGGGUCCGCUCUCGAUGCCGCCUAUCGGGCUCAACAACAAAAGAAGCCACCAUCUAUGGGAGCGAGACCUCCGCAGCCACCUCUUGGACUCGUGGCUCCUCCUCGGAAGAAGAAGGCACCGGCUGAUCCAUUCAUCAAACGAAAACCCCCAAAGAGACCAUGA